AUGAACACCCAAAAUGUUAUUCUGUGUGUGGCUUUCUCCCUUUUCGGUCCAGUUUUCUCAUAUGAUGAUUUCUACCAAGUGACAGGAUGCUGUACAGCCCAUGGCCCACACUUUGAAGAUACAGAAUAUACACUAACUUUUAUGUUUAAUCAGAACUAUAUGGCAGAGUUCAACAGUACAAGAGGCAACUGGGUGGGAUUCACAAACUUUUCAAUUGCUUUGGCAACAUUUUGGAACAACGAUCCCACGGAUGCAGCAGCAAGAGCUCUUGAAAGGAAGCUGUUGUGUGCAGCCACCUUAGACAUCAUGCCAGUCUUAGAUAAUCUUACAAGCAUACCCACCAUCAAAGUAAAAUCAGUGAAAAGCCCAAAUGGUAGACACCCGUCCAUGCUUGUGUGCAGCGCCUACGACUUUUAUCCCAAACAAAUCAGAAUGACAUGGAUGAGGAACGGACAGGAGGUGACCACAGACGUCAUUUACACUGAAGUGAUGCCUGAUGGGGACUGGUACUACCAGGCUCACGCUUACCUGGAGUACACCCCUACUUCAGCAGAAACCAUUACCUGCAUGGUUGAACACCUCGGUCUCUCCGAGCCGAUGUCUGUGGUCUGGGACCCCUCCCUUCCAGCGGCAGAACAAACUCCGAUUGUUGUUGGACUGUGUGGACUCAUCAUUGGUUUUGUUAUUGCGAUCUCUGGAUUCAUCUACUACAAGAAGAAGUCAGCUGCAUACAUUAGUGUCUGUCAAAGACAAGUGUUCAUUGCUGUGGAAACACUUCCUGAAGCUGGAGAGACUGAACAGCCUGAAUGAGCAUUAUUAUUAUGGGCACUCAUCAUCCAAGAUGCCUCAAAUAUCACAGUUCUAUGUAUAAGUUUUGUUGAGUGAUGGCUGCUGUGACUGUUGUGGAUGGUGGGGCUUUGCAUCUUUUCUAUAUUAAUAUCGUAAAUUUAGUAAAGUUGUGUUUU